AUGGCCCUGAUCGCCCUGGAGAGAUUGACGUUCAAGCUCAUGGUCGACAGAAUGGCCCCCUUCAGGUUUGUCCUGGCGCAAGCGGUGGCCGCGUGCUACGCCGUCGCCGUCGGGGUCGUCGUCCUCAGACGCGUCAACUUAUCCGGGGAGAGGGGCAGCAUGCAGGGAUUCCCGGUCUGGAGGCUCGCGAUGAUGGCCGUGCUGGACAUGCUGCACCUGGUGCCGAUGAUCGUCGCGGCCGCGGACGUGGCCCCGACGCUGACGGUGCUAUUGCUGCAGUGCUCGGCGCCCUUCUGCCUCGCUGUCUCGGGUGGAUUUUGCUCGAGGCGAUACCCCCGAAAGUCGGUGCUGGGGGCGGCGGUAAUAUUCUUGGGCGCGUGCGUGGCGAUAUAUCUACCGAUCUCUCGGCUGAUCAACGCGAGGGCCACGUUGCACGACGAUGCCAGGAGCCACGAGUACGACCCGGUGCACCUGCGGGGGGAUAGCGGCGACUACGCCAUCGUAGAAGGGUACAACACCAUCCUGUACGUGCUGGCGUGCCUGCCGGCGGCCGUCUCCACGGUGUACAAGCAGUACGCCCUGGAGCAGCACGGACGGCCGGUGGACGCGCACCAGCUGAGCCUCGGUGUGACCGCGUUCGAGGUGGUGUUCAUCGCGCUAGCGGCGCCGGCGGCGUACCAGCUCCAGUUCUUGGGUAGACACGGAGACGGGAACACGCACGUUGGACAGGCGUUGAGAGACGGCUGGCGUUGUCUCGUGCUCAUGAGGGAUGUCGUCGACAUCGACGGCUAUCCCGUCGACGCGGAGUGCUGGGCAGGGCUGCCGCUGGUGUUUUCCUACGUCGUGGCUACUCUUCUGGUCAACACUCUGGUCCAGAAGGUCGUCGACCAGGCCGAGUCGGCGUCGGUGUACCACCGUGCCAUGGCGUUUUCUGUGCCAACGGCCUUCGUAGCCCUGUGCUUCUACAACGAAGCCGAGUGGCUGCACGAUAGCUUCAACGUGUUCACCGUGUCGGGCCUCAUUGUGAUCAUGAUCGGCCUCCGGCUGUACCACUCCGUGCCCGAGCCGGAGGACCCCCGGGAUAGCUUCGAUCCACCGUCACCCCCUGACGGCAAGCGCUACGGCGGCUGAACGGAGUCUUCUGUAGGUAUGCAGGACACAGCUGUGUGUGUCGACUCAGGUGGAAGGGGAAGAAAGCCGUGGUUCAUGGCAUAGCUGCUCGGGUCCGGGAUGGAUAGGGGUCGUUGGUUGAAGGUGACAACAAGGUGCCUUCGUGUGCCAUUCGUGUUUUUCUAUUUUUUACCAUGGUUGAUUUGCCAGUUGCGGCGCAAGAACGACAGGCUAUAAGGCAAUCUCUUUUUUGUGUGGUGUGUGUAGAGGGACGAAGGCGUUUUGCGUGUCUACGCCCACCUCGAGGAGUCGGGAAGUUUCAGAACUCUUUGCCGCGCGGAGCCGAACGGGAUCUAAAGGCAUUUUUUAUGCCUCGAAAGGCGUAUUUUGCCCGAAGUAUUCGCGGCGUUGUGGGAGGGCUCUGGGUGAUUCCCGUGACAUGGCGGUCAGUUUAGUCCGGAAACCACGCACCCCGAAAGGCCCUUAGGGGUGGUGCACGUUUUGUGUCUGGACUUGGUUCGCUGGAGUGCAGCAUCUUGCCGGUGUGUGUUGUGUAAGCAGCUCGCGCUUCUGUGCCUGAUUGAUGACAUCGAUUUUUUUUUCUUUUUUUCGACGCCCUUGUCUUUUUUCUUUUUCUUUGUUUGGUGUUCCUGUUUUUUUUAUUAUUAUUAUUGUAGACCGACCGGCCUGUGCAUAUGGGUCGGAAAUUGUUCAUUUUCACACCAUGGUUUCUUUUCGCUGCCCCCAUGUUUUUUAAAGGGGGCCCAAGUGGGAUUUCCCUGCUUCAAGGCUUGAUUUGU